GUGCCCACCCCGGUCCCCUUAGAAAACACAAAUUGACAGAGGUACGUAGUAUAUAUGUGUGUAUGUAGUCUGUGUGUGUGCAUGUGUGUUUAUUGUGUUGUGUUCGUACGUGUCUUUGUGCACUCGUGUCCAUGUAUGUAUGUGUGUAUCUGUAGCUAGAUCGACGCACACGCACACGCACACUCAUAGGAGGAGGCAGCCUGUACACAAAAACAACGAGGGGCCAUGUCAUGCAUGUCAUACCGUUAUAUGGUCGUAUGAAUGGAUGCCAUGCGCAUGGAUGCGUGCGACGUCAGGAGCUGAUCGAGGUCAGGUCAGAGCCGGCUAGCCACUAAUCAAUUCAUAGACCCACCCACCCUUACCACCCAUUCCCCCUCCCCUCCCAUUUCCUCCCCCUGUCUAUCAUUUCGAUCUCUAGUAUACGAUCCUCUGUCCCUUGAGUAGGGUCUUGCCCAUGAUCCACCCCUGCGCCCGCCUCUCGCGCUCAAGCCCCUCCUUCCACAGCGCCAGUGCACCAGCCAUCGUCCCCACACGCAGCAUCAGCGGCGGCUCGAUCCCCUCCACACCCGUUCGCACCACCACGGCAUCGCUAUCAUAGUGCUGUUCCCUCGUCACGCCAAAUGUCACCCUCGGCUCUGAUGACCCGCGGCUCUUCUUGGUGUCACCACCGGGGGUGGCCUGGUGCUGUUGGUCACGGUCAUGGUCAGGUAGGGGCAUGGUGUGGCUGCCCGGCGACAGGAACUGCCUCGACGAUGAGGAGGGGUACAUGAUAUAGUCCCCUCCGCCCACCUGGUCCGCUCCUGUCCCCACCGAGUCGACAUCCCAGUCGCUGUAGUACUCUCCACCGCCGCCAGAGCCUCGCUCGCCGUCGCCGGCAAAUGCGCUGCGGAAUGAGGGCGCGUUGUGGCUGUUGUAUGGGGCGAGGGGCGCGUUGACCACGAUGGGCUCGUGAUGCCCGACCGUGGGGCUGUUGGCCCGCGGCUCGUCGUCUAUUAUGGGACUGGAGAUUGUCGCGGCAGGUGGGGUGAUCGCAGGGGGAUCCGAUGCCGAUCCUGGCGCGGGAGGGGGCGACGGCUGGUCGCCCCUGUCGUCCGUGGGGGUGUUGUUGGCCUGGCUGCUGGUGUGGGGGUGGCUGCCGCCGUCGGUGAAGAACUGGAUGACGGCCUCCACCUCACGCUCGGCCUGACGCUCAAUGUACGAUAGCGCACUGCACAGACAGACGGACACAACAUGGAAAGGAAUGAGUACAUCACACAAGGACAGGCAUCCCCUUCUCACCUAAUGGCUUCCUCCAGGAACGGUCGUGCCGUGUCCGGAGCAGCGCACUUCUCCUUGAGCCGCUCCAUCAGCGCCUCCUCCUCGGGCGUCGCCCCCUCCCUCUUCAUCCGCUGCCACUGAGCCCGCAGCGGCACCUCCCGCGUCGCACCGUCAAUGCGCAGAUGCAGACCCUCUACACUGCCCUCGCGCACGUUGCUAUCAUCUAAUUGCUGCGUCUCGUCGGUCGGGAGCCGAGUGCUGAGACCCCCCAAACCCGCCGUCACCUGCCUCUCUCGCUGCUCAGGCAUGUUCGUCUCGUCGGCACCCUGGACAGUGCUGGUACCGCUGCCCGCCGGGCUGGGCCUUGCAGGUGCAGUGGGCGAGUGCACGAGGCCUCGAUAAGCGGGGCUGUCUUUGGGGCGCUCGGUGGUGGUGGCAGCAUCGGGUGAUUUGUCUUUGAUGGGUAUGAGGUUGGCGGUGAGGGGAGGGAGAGCUGCCCCUUCCUCCUCGGUGGUGGCGUACUGCUGCUGGUCGGCGAUGGGUGGGAUGACGGGCUCGAAGGGCUGGUCGACGUGGUGGGCGCCCUCACCCAACUCCUCCAACUCAAUGUCGCCCCACACCUCCAGAGGAUCCUCCUGCAUGAAACACAGACAGAGAGACAGACGUUGUUGGGUGUUUGGCUUGAUCCUCUUCGGUUGUGGCUGUGUGCUUACCAGCAGAGGGAGCCGAUAAGUGCGUCCAUUGGUUCUCUGGUCGCCCCCCUCGCCGGCGUCACCAGCCCCCGCCCCCGCCCCCUCCUGCCCAUUGCGCCUCAGCACAAACACUCCCCUGAACCUCCUGCGCCCUCCCGAGGCCCUCUCGCCCCCCUCCAGGCCGCCCAAAUUCACAUUUAGGUUGAUGUUGAAGUUCCGCCCGCCGCCCACCCGCUGGAUGGCGCGUGACGUGGAGCCCCGGAGGCGAUCCCACGCGUGGCCGCCCUGCCUGACGGCCUCCUGUGUCAUGGCAGCGAUGGACUGCAUGAGCAGUGAUGUGGCCUGGGCAAACUCCUCCCAUGUGACAGUCCACUCGGACGGCACGGCCGAUGGCGGCAGGGGGCGGAAGGGAGGGGGGGCGAGAAUGAGGUCCGUGGGCUGGAACCUGCACACCACACAUGGCAAGGGCGGGUGAGUGGGUGGAACACUCAUGACUCGUGUGAAUGUCCCCAGCUCACUUGUAUCUGGUGGGGGGCCCUUCCAUGUCAGCCCAUCGGUCCAGCACACGGCGGACGAUGUGGGCCAUCCUGCCGAACUGCAGCCCACCCACAGCCGGCAGUGAGGGGAUUAGCGGCGAGCUUGCCGACACGGAAAGCGGCUCAGCGUCGCCCACACCCACACCCACACCAGCCUGACGGUUAUCCGCCGAGAAAUACCACAACCGAUGUGCCCUGGCAGAGAGAACAAGACACAUCAAACCGACGUCAUCAGUCAGACCGUGAAGAGAGCUCACUUGAUGGUCUCUGCAGUCAUGUCCUGCCCCAGCUCCUCUCUGAGAGCCCGCAGCAGCCGCCAGUGUGGCGCUGAGACGACAGCAGCCGCCUUGCCGAACCCCUUGGCCGCCCCUGCCAGCUCCGGGGGAGGCGUGAUGGGUGUGGGCUUUCCGUACCCGUUGGCUGCCGACGCCUCGCCGUCAUUGGCGGUGGUGCUGGUGGUGGCGCCCUGGUGUGUGGGUGAGAUUGAGGGUGGCAGGAGGUGUGCAGCUGGUAUGAGUGUGGAGAGGUCGCCGCGGAUGAGGGAGCUGGUGUAGCGCUGCACCACCUCGGUCAAAUACCUGCAGGCAGCGCAUCCGCAUAUGGACGGACACGUGAGGAAGGUUGUUUGGGUGCGGUGCAACUGUGGGCGUGGCGGUGUGUUGGUUACGUAUCGAGUUGUGUGGAGUCGUGUUCGUCCAGGAGGCCCUUGCUCUGUUUGCUGCCGCGGGCAUACAGCCACGCACCUGCAGAUCAGAUGCGAAAGACACACCAGACAGACCAUAUUGCAGACCAGGCCCGUUGGCACUUCUGUCAUUCUCAUCAGCUCACCUCCCGCAGCGACAAUGAAGCACAUGGAAGUCACUGACGACACACACACACACACACACGGAUUCACUGGCCAUCGGACACCAUGUGUGUCAGUGCGUAUGUGUUGGUGUACCUAUAUGGUAUCCGGCGGUCCCUCCUGCGGGGUGCACGUCCAGCUGCAGGAUGCCUGUAGUCGCCCAUCCGGCUGCCACAGUUACGGCCGCACCGAUCACCCACAGCGUGUCGUACGCGUGGGACUGCUUGAUGUCCCAACCCACCCUAAACACACACACACACACACACACUCUCAGACAUGCACAUCUACCGUAUGUGGGCAGAGGGGGAUUUGUUGCGGCCACUACACUAGCUGACCAGUUGUUGAGGGUGUUACUGAGGGCGGGGUGUCCUUUGCUCUCCAUGACGAUGGCGAUCAGGACGCUGCCGAGCAUCACGCGCACGCUGCUCAGACAGCGGAAGAAACGAACCACACCAAACGCGAAGAUGAAAAUCUAAACCAGACCAACACCACACAAAGCAUCCACAGACGCAGGCAGGGUGAGAAGGCCUGCCUUCGGCUGCCGUCUGUCUGUCUGUCCGUUCGCCAACUCAUCACUCACCACUGCCCACAUGAUGAGCACGAGCGGCCGAGUGACCACCUCCACGCGCCCAAGACGCAUAAACGGGUAAGACGGCCCCACCGCCCCCGCCUCGAUCCCCACCUGCCCGCCGCCACCCUCACCCUCCCCACUCCCCUGCUCAACCUGAUUGCCUCGGUGGUUCCCCUCGCCAUUGUUCCCACCCACUGGGCUGUCUGUGAAGGUCCUGUAAGCAUAGUCAGGGCCCUCUGGGCUGGCGCUGCCCGCCGCACUCCCACUGCCCGCGUUGGUCGACGUCGCGCCGCCGCCCUCACCCUCACCAGCGCGGGGCGAGCCCGACGACCGGCCGCCUGCUUUGUUUGUGGGAGGCUUCUCGGCCAUUUGCGCUGCGUAGAUGAGGACUGCGAGGGAGAUGGCCCGUGCUACUGCGGCUGAGAGGGCCAGGAGUGGGGCGUAGGGCAUGUGGGGGGUGACGGAGGGGUGCCAUGGGUAGAUGCAGAGGACGAGCAGGGCGCCUGCAGACACACGCACAUGGGAUGGAAGGCGUGCUGUGCUGUCUGUGAGGAUGUCUGUGUGGAUGGAUGUGUGGGGUCACUCACUGACGACUCACCUAGGAGGACGAUGCCAGACCCGGCGACUUGUUUGAGCGAUAGAGGGGGGAGAGAUGGCGGCAGCAGGUGGGGGUUCAUCUGGGAAAAGCAGUACGUGACGACCAGCUCAAGAGGCCAAUCCAUCAAAGCUGCACAACGCACACACACAAUCCCGUCCAGAACAAAACGCCCUCCCUCCCUUCCUCCCUCCCUGGCUGUCCACUGACCUAAUAUGACCACCGCAGUGAUGUCAGCCGACACAAGUGCCAGCAAGGCCAUAACCGGCGCGCCCACACACCCCAGCGUCUGUGCCACGAACAGCGCACCGUAGAAGCCCACCGUCAGCUUCUUCAACUCUCGCCCCAGCCUCUUGAGACUGCGCCGCUCGUGCAUCAGGCUGGCGAUGGCGCAGCACAGCAGCGCCAUGGUGGCCAUCUGGAUGGGCCAGAAGGACGCCAUCUUCUUGGCCGUGGCCGUCGAGAAGGCCGCCUUGGCAAUGCAUGUGGUACACGCCAAACUGAGGAUGCCCAGGCCGGCGCUCCGCAGCUCCCGGGGUGCUGAGCGAGCUCGGUGGGAUGCCUGGCGGUAAAACGAGGACAGCCGGGCCCAGAAGGACGGCAUCUAGUUGCUCGACUGAGAGCCGGCGUUAGGCAGAGAGUCUCAGUUGCAGUUAGAGAUUGAACUUAGCUUGGCGCAGGCGAAGGGCCGUCCCGCAAAACCGCCUCCAACAUCGGCACAAGGGUAUGGAGAUGUGGUGUUCUUUGCCGGAGGCUCGGAGCUAUUGCUAUG